UUAUGCAAUAAAUUUAAGAGUUGACUUAGUUUUCUUUCCCAAGCCCGACAACCGAGGAAACCCUAAGCAUCUACUUGCCAUGGCUUCUGCCGUCGCCGUCGGUGACCCUCCUUUGCUAAAACCCCCUGACCCGCCCGACCCUCCCAUCCCUCCCUCCAACUUCGUCCAAACCUCCAUCGUCGAACCAUCUCCUCUGUCCUCUCUCUCUCCAGCUUUCCACCUUUCCAUUCUUCUAGAUCUGGGAUCUACGACUCUUUUUGUAUCCUCUAGUGAUACUCAUUUCGCUUGUUUUCGAUUCUUUCCUGCUGUGUGCAGUCCCCGGUACCAGAUCUGUUCUCGGAUUUUUGUCUUAAGUGUCGGUGUAUUAGCCAAAUCUGUUGGCGUUUCUUCGACGUUGCUCCCCUCCGUUGAAUCUGGCCUCUCGUCGCCGGUGAAUCACUUCUCCCCCCCCCCCCCCUUGCAAUAGCUGUCUGGUUCUUCUCUGACACCUCCACCUCCCCUCCUCUCCCAAUUCCCCGGGUUUACUCUUCCUCUUCUGAUUCUUCUCUCUUGGAAAGCUAUCAGAUUUUUGUGAAGUGUGUAGCUAUGGCUUUGUGGAAUGCGGGUUUAGAUCCUUCGAUGGCCCUUGUUGCCUUUGGUUUUACUUGUGUGCUCUCUCGUCGCCCCCAUAUCGCCUUCGUGCGGCCCUUCACUGCAAUAUGCAGACUCUGCUCCGAUAUCACUAUGUCAAUGGUUGCUUCUUCGUUGAGGCUUUCUAUCCUUAGCUCAACUCCGGACCCUCCGUAUCCCUCUCUGGCUAAGACCCACGUAGCUCAUGUCGUCAAGUCACACCGGCUUCUCAGUCUCGUUGGCAGCAGAGUUGAUUGUUCGCUCUCCAUCUCAAUCAACACACCUCCUCUCAUGUUCCCCCAGUGGUAUUGUCACAGGGAGCAUUGUUCUGAAGAAUGUUCUACUUGAAGUAAAGCGAGGAUUGUUGCUCAAGACUGUCCCCGUUCAGCAUUUGAUGACUGUUUGUCGUUGGUGUCUUUAGAGGUUUCGUUUCCUCCAUUCAAGAACCAAUCUACUUUGGUUGAGCUUGUUAGCUCCCAUCUAUCCCUUUAUCUAUGUUUAGCUUAUGCUUUCGUUAUUGUUGUUGCUUUACCAUUUGCUCAAGUAGCUUGGUUUGUUUGGUU